UAAAUAGUCCACAUUGCUCCUGCCCAGACUCUGGCAUCUUCAGCUGUCUCAUUCCAGCGAGGCCCGGCCUCUAAACAACACUGAUAAUCUAGUUCAGAUGGAAAACAGCGGCGAGCUGCGGCAAUGAGCUUCAUGUUUAUACUGUGGGUCUUUAUCCAAAUGUCUACAGGGAAGAAAAACUAACAGGAACAGGACGGCCACAGCGACUUGUCAAAUUUUCCGUCCAAGAACAGCAAGUAUUUGGGGAGGUUAUGUGUCAAGUUGCUGAAUGCCAUUUGUGAUGAUUGCACGACAACACCACAGUGAAACAUGCAGCUAUGAGGCCAGAGGAGGAGCCAGAGUAUCAGACACCACCCACCUGCGAUCUGCUCAGCCUUCUGCUGAGAAACAGACGCCCCACUGGAGCUGUCAAUGAGGUUUGGCCCAACCUCUACAUCGGAGAUGCGGCCACAGCUCAGGAUAAAUCCCUGUUAGUGAAUCUGAGGAUAACACACGUGGUGAACGCCGCAGACGGAGUCCAGCACAUCGACACUGGACCACUUUUCUACUCAGACACCAACAUUCUGUAUCACGGCGUAGAAGCAGCAGACCGUAAAGAUUUUGACUUGGGCCCAUUUUUCACAGAGACGGCCGAUUUCAUUCACGGUGCUCUGAGUCACAAAGGUUCUCACAUGGAGGUGAGAUAUUCAGCUGCAACAUGCAACUUCACCAGUAAAGUGCUCGUCCACUGUGCGCGAGGAAUCAGCCGCUCUGCGACUCUCGUGUUGGCUUUCCUCAUGAUCAAAGAGAGACUCACCCUCAUUGACGCAGUACAGACCGUUCGCCAGCACAGGAACGUUCUGCCAAAUGUUGGAUUUCUCAACCAGCUCCGUCACCUGGACUCAUCCUUGGCUCUGCAGCGGAGAACAACGUGAUAUGAAGAUGUGGAGAGAAUGUUCCUCUCAUGUCAGUGUUGAGAUCAUACCAAAAGUUAUAUGUCCAGUAGAUUAAAGAGCUUUUUCUAAUAUAUUUGCAGAUUAAUCUUGCUGUUCUUAAAUAAAUAUAAGGACAUGUAUACUACAUCUGCUGAAACACAGCUUAAAGUAACAACACAUUUUUUUUUCACAGCUUUAAAAUGAUGUCUAUGACUCACUGACUUGUAACAGGAAGAAUAGAUUUUUUAAAAAUACCCUCUGCACUUGAAAAUCUGUCCGUGGAAGUUUUUGGAGUUGGAAUAGUCACAGAGAUUCAGGUCGAGCGAGUUCACGAGUAAUGCUGAACUGGGCUCGGUGAAAAAUAAAAACGCUGAAGACGUUAAA